AUGUUCAGGAGAGUACAAGAUGAUGGGCUAAUCGCGGACCAAAAGCGACCUUGUGCUUGCCCAGAGACGCAGGUGGAUCCAGGGGAUGGACUCCCCGUUCCUGCUGAGCCAGAACUGACUCAUGACAUCCUUGUAUCGCGCACGUCGGUCCGGCCAAAAGCCUGCAAUCAAGUGACUGGGAGGUACAACGGAGGCGGUUCGGAGUCGCCUCCAACAAAUAAGCUCCACAUGUCCACUCCGGGAGAACGGAAGUUCUCCCAGAAACUCAUGGGACUAGAGACUUGCAACCUGCCCAUGGGAAAACCUGGUACGGUAGCGCCAGGUGGGAUGGGGUUGCAGGAGUCAUGUAGGCUACCGAAACGGAAAAGAACUAGGAUGGCGAUCUGUACUUAUAACGCACGUACGCUUGCAUCGGAAGCGACCAUCGAAGAUCUGAUGAUGCAAGCCAAGAAGAUCAAGUACGACGUCAUCGGACUGAACGAGACGAGACGACGUCACCCUCUCAACGUCGUAUAUGAAACUGGAGAAGAGCUGUUCUUAGGAACAUGCGACAGUAGAGGUGUUGGUGGAGUUGGCGUCCUCGUCAACACGAGUAUGGCAAAGAACAUCGACUCUUUCGAACAACUUACGACCCGAAUCGGACCUUUGACUAUCUUCGUCACUUACGCUCCAACAUCGAGCUACGAUGAAGAAGAAGUCGAUUUCUAUAUGGACCUGGAGAAGUUCUACCGAGAAGAUCAUGCCUUCUGCAAGGUCAUAAUUGGCGAUUUCAACGCCAAAGUUGGCCCAAGAAGAACGCCGGAGGAACUUCACAUCGGGACCCACGGCCUACAAUGGAACGACCAAGGGGAGAGGCUCUCCGAGUUCAUCAUGACGACUAAGACCAUCCAUGGGAACUCGCAAUUCCAGAAGCCCUCAUGUCUACGCUGGACGUGGGAGUCACCCAGUGGAGGGUACCGUAAUGAAAUAGACCAAAUCAUCCUCAAUAAAAGGAGAGCAGAGGAAGCCGCCAAGUUCAGAGAGAGAAAUCCCAGGACUACCAUCAACUGGGAUCUCUUCGCUACGCUAGCCGGCUUUUGGGAAGAUUCCGCAAUGGACAACAUCGACGAGGAAUAUGACCGGCGUGUUGAACACCUUCACGACUGCGCGAAGAAGGCUGAGAGUUUUAAAACCACCAAGAGACACCUGUCUCUUGAAACUCUUGAGCUGAUACGCCAGCGUGGAGCAGCACGAGCCGCAGGGAACCAAGAACUCACGUCCGAGCUCUCAAGACUUUGCAGAGAGGCGAUAAAGGAAGACCUCAAAGAGAGAAGAGCAGAAGUGCUGGCUGAAGCUGCAGAGGCGAGGAAAAGCAUCCACUAUGCCCGUCGAGACUUCGCCAGUCGCAAAACAAGGAUGACUGCUCUCCUGAACCCAAAGGGAACAGCCAUUGCAUCGAGAAGGGGGAUGGAGAAAAUCAUCUACGACUUCUACACUAAUCUCUUCGACAGCCAUGUCCACUUGCGUCCUCACCAUCUGAGGGAAGAUGGACAAGUCAUUCCAGAGGUUCUUCCGUCCGAAAUACGACAUGAUAUUAUGUCGGUAAGAAAUCGUACGGCAUCCGGUCCCGACAGAAUAAGACCAGAACACCUGAAAAGCCUUCCGCCAGUACUCAUCAACACCCUGGCGAGGCUCUUUACACGUUAUCUGUCGGAAUGCAAAGUUCCUAAACAGUGGAAGACCAGCAAGACCGUAUUGUUGUAUAAAAAGGGAGAUCCACAUGACAUCGGCAACUAUCGUCCAGUCUGCCUACUGUCCGUCAUCUACAAGCUCUUUACAAAAGUGAUCCUUAAUAGGAUUGAAAAAGUCCUGGAUGAAGAACAGCCAUGCGAGCAAGCAGGGUUUCGAAAAGGAUUCAGCACGAUUGACCACAUUCAUAUUGUUUCGAAACUCAUCGAAGUAUCACGAGAGUACAAGAUGCCGCUCUGUCUCACCUUCAUCGACUUGAAGAAGGCCUUCGACUCAGUUGAGAUGGAAGCGGUCGUGGAAGCCUUGGAUAACCAAGGCGUCCCUACUCAGAACAUAAAGGUACUUCGAGAGUUGUACACCACCCUCGAGACCGCAAUGCGGAAGUUGGAAUGGGAUGACAUGGGAGCGAAGGUUGAUGGUCGGCAGCUACACCAUUUGCGCUUUGCUGAUGACAUCGUACUGAUAACACCUAACAUCAGCCAAGCGGAACGAAUGCUGAUGGAGUUCGACGAAACAUGUGGAUGCAUCGGUCUUCAGCUGAAUCCAGACGAAAUGAUGUUCAUGCGGAACGGAUGGGUCUCGGAUGCCCCAUUCACGUUCAACGGAACGAACAUAUCCGAAUGCACCAGCUACGUUUAUCUGGGUCGGGAACUGAACAUGAAGAACGACCUGACCACCGAGCUGGGCAGGAGGAGACGAGCGGCUUGGGGAGUGUGUAAGAGCAUCGAGGAUGUAGUGAAGAACACCAGGAACACCCGGCUCCAUGCUCACCUCUUCAACAGCUCCGUGCUUUCUGCUUUGACCUAUGCUUCGGAAACCUGGGCAUUUCGCAAGCAGGAAGAAAACGCGGUGAGCGUCAUUGAACGCGCAAUUGAGAGAGUGAUGCUAGGAGUAUCCCGUUUCACGCAAGAGAGAGAUGGGAUUCGAAAUUCUCUCCUACGUCAGCGAUCGAAGAUUACACACGCCGCCGCGUUUGCCAAGGAAAGUAAAAUAAGGUGGGCCGGACACGUGAUGCGCUUUAACGACAACCGUUGGACCAGAGCCGUGAGCGACUGGGUUCCCCGCGAUAUUAAGCGCACUACAGGAAGACCGCCGACCCGAUGGUUAGAUUUCUUCACGAAGUCUUUCAAAGAAAAAUAUGAUGCUCUUCGUGUCCCACGCGAAAGGAGGAACCACUGA